ACAAGUAAACAACACUUGGAGCUUUCUUAGUAGUUCUAAUUACUUAUUCUUUAAUCUUUUCAUAAUUAGGCCUCCUCUCUGUCUCUCUAACAACUAUUGCCAAAUCCCUCUUAAAUAUAUGUUAAUCACUCAAUUUUAAAUUAAUCAACUAUCUUACUUGCUCACUAAAACUAUUAUUAUUUUUAUUAAGGUUGGAGAGAGUGAAAAUUUCACAUUUUAUUAUAUAGUACAAAGAAAAACUAAGCACUCUCCUUUGUAUACACAACAUACCAAAAAAAGAAAAAUGAUUAUGAAGUCCCUUCCUUCUAAAGCAUUGAUCAUAAAAAUCAACUUAGUUUUUUUGGCUUGUUUCUUGAUUGGUUAUGCUGCUAUUCUUCUAAAGCCAUCAACUUAUGUUUAUCAUGAAUAUGCAACAUCUCUUGUUAGAUGUUCAUUGAGAGAAUGUCAUCAUAAGGUAAGGGAGAAGGAGGGAUAAAGAUGAAAGCAGUAUUAGAAGAAAAAAUAGUUAUGAAUGAAGAGAAAAGGAUGGUAUUAAAGCGCGAAAAGCCGAGUUUUUUAAAUAAAAUGGGGAGAGGAAUGAAGAUAGGAAUGGUAAAUAUGGAAGGUGAAGAUGUUAGUGAAUGGAAAAUCUAUGGCCAAAUAACAAACAUAAAAUUCGAGAAAGUCUCGAAUUUAUUUGAAUGGAAAGAUAUUUUUCCAGAAUGGAUAGAUGAAGAAGAAGAAAUGGAUGGACCAAUGUGUCCUGAAAUACCAAUGCCAAAUUUUAACAACUAUAGAGAUAAUAUGGAUAUGUUAGUUGUUAAAUUACCAUGUAAGUAUCCACAAGAAGGAUGGGGAAGAGAUGUUUAUAGGUUACAAGUGAAUCUUGUGGCUGCAAAUUUGGCUGUGAAAAGAGGAAAUGGAAAGAAAAUGAAAUUGAUUUUUUUGAGCAAGUGUAGACCUAUGGUUGAAAUGUUUAGAUGUGAGGAGUUAAAGAAAAAAGAAGGUGAUUGGUGGUAUUAUGAGUCAAAUAUGGAUAAAUUGGCUCAAAAAGUUUCACUGCCUAUUGGUUCUUGUAUGUUGGCUUUGCCUCUAUGGGGAAAAGAAAUCAAUGAAGUGUAUGAUAUAUCGAAAAUAGAAAGAAGCACAAAGGUACCAACGCGAGAAGCUUAUGCGACGGUUCUUCAUUCAUCAGAAACAUAUGUUUGUGGUGCAAUAACAUUAGCUCAGAGUCUUCUUCGAACUGGAACCAAACGGGACCUAAUUCUUCUGCUGGAUAACAGUAUUUCUGAAUCUAAACGCGACGCGCUUAUAAAAGCAGGGUGGAAGCUCCGGUUCAUAAAGAGGAUAAGAAACCCUAGAGCUGAGAAAAAUACGUAUAACGAGUAUAAUUACAGCAAGUUCAGGUUGUGGCAGCUUACGGAUUAUGAUAAAAUCAUUUUCAUUGAUGCUGAUAUCAUCGUUCUUCGUAACAUUGACCUCCUUUUCCAUUUUCCUCAGAUGACCGCUACAGGUAACGAUGCAUCAAUCUUCAAUUCCGGAAUAAUGGUGAUCGAGCCAUCAAAUUGCACCUUCAAAAUGUUCAUGAAACGUACAAAAGAGAUCAUUUCAUAUAAUGGAGGUGACCAAGGUUUCCUUAAUGAGGUAUUUGUAUGGUGGCAUAGGUUGCCUAGAAGAGUUAAUUUCUUAAAGAAUUUUUGGUCAAAUAAUUCGAAUGAGGUCAGCGUUAAGAAUCAACUAUUCGCGGCAGAUCCUCCAAAAGUAUACUCGAUACAUUAUCUCGGGUUAAAGCCUUGGGUAUGUUACAGGGACUACGAUUGUAAUUGGGAUAUAGGUGAUCAACGUGUUUAUGCUAGCGAUAUCGCGCAUGAGACAUGGUGGAAAUUACAUGACUCAAUGGAUGAGAGUUUACAAAAAUUUUGUGGAUUGACAGAGCAAAGGAAAAUUGAAUUAGAAUGGGAUAGAAAAUUGGCUGGAAAAAUUGGAUUUGAAGAUGAACAUUGGAGGAUGAAUGUUACUGAUCCUAGAAAAUUUUCUUGAAUUUUUUUAAAUUUUUUUUAUCAUCAAUGUUUUUUUUUUAUCAUUUAAUAUGUAUGCUACUAUAUAUAGUAGUACUUUUGCACAGAGUACUUAUGAACAUGGCCUUCAUGCACUAUUUAUUCAUGUGUAUAUAGAGGAUGCUUGUUCAUUUUUGGAACAUGAAAAUUGUUUAGCU